GGAGGAGGUGGAGGAGGAGGAGGAAUGAGCUCGUCUCUAGCCUGGCCCAUCCGAGGAGAGAUGGUCAAGGGACAGAGCAGAUCCCGAGCGUCAUCCCACCAGGGUCCUGUGGCCUUCAAAGAUGUGGCUGUGGUCUUCACCUGGGAAGAGUGGAGACACCUGCACCCUGAGCAGCAAGACCUGUACAGGGAGGUCAUGCUGGAGACUUAUGAGAUCCUCGCAUCCCUGGGACUCUCAGGUUGCAAACCCACUGUGAUCUCCCGACUGGAGAGGGGAGAAGCACCUUGGAGGCCAGGAAGAGGAAGCCCCCGAAGCCUCUGUGCGGAUUUCUGUAAACAGAAGGAGAGGUAUGCAACUGAAGAGCUGACUCCAGAAGAGAGCAUUUCUGUAAAAGAAUUAUCCAAGCAAAAUCUUGCAAAGAAUGAAAUCUGGGACUCCAGAUUUGGAGAAGUCUGGAAAUAUCCUGUUAGAUUAGAGAGACAGAUUGAGAGCAAGAAAAGACAAUCCAGGCAGCUAACCAUAACAGGUGAAAAAACUGAUCAUUUUUUUAAUGACUACAAUCCAUUGGAGCAAAGCUCCAGUGUGGAAUCAUCCUUUAAUUCAUUGCCAGUGAUUUGUACAGGAAGAAGUUUUCAGAAAUGUGCUACAUAUGGGAAGAAUUUCAAACCAUUUUCUGACUUAAUUCAGUUGAAUAGAAACUCCUCAGGGAAGAAGGUUAACAAGUAUGAUAGGCACAGCGAUUCCUCUAGUUGUCAUCCAGAUCCCAUUCACUGUCAAAGAAAGCACAAAAAUACAAAGUUAUUUGAAUGUAGUGACUGUGGGAAAAUCCUUGGGAAUAGCUCAUCCUUAAGGAAACAUCAGCUAAUUCAUACUGGAAAUAAACCCUUUGAAUGCAAUGAGUGUGGGAGAGCAUUUACUCAGAAGGGAAACCUCACUAAACAUCAACGAAUUCAUACUGGAGAGAAGCCCUUUGAAUGUGACGAAUGUGGGAAAGCUUUCAUUCAGAGGGGAAGCCUUAUUGAACAUAAGAGAAUUCAUACUGGUGAGAAGCCUUUUACAUGUAGUGAAUGUGGGAAAAGCUUCAAUCGGAAGACAAACCUUAUGGGACAUAAGAGAAUUCAUACGGGAGAAAAGCCAUAUGGCUGUGAUGAUUGUGUGAAAACCUUUAGCAAUCGUUCAGCCCUCAGGACACAUCAGAAAAGUCAUACUUCAAAGAAAAUCUUUGAGUGCAACGAAUGUGGGAUGUUCUUUAACCAAAGAGGGAACUUUACCAUGCAUCAGAGGAUUCAUUCCAAAGAGAAAUUUUUCGAAUGUGGCGAAUGUAAGAAAACCUUCAGCCAGAGGGAAAGACUUAUUGAGCACAAAAGAAUUCAUAGCGGAGAGAAACUUUACAAAUGUAAUGAUUGUGGGAAAGUCUUCAGCAAAUGCAUGUCCCUCAAAAGGCAUCAACUAAUUCAUACUGGAAAGAAACCAUUUGAAUGCAGUGAAUGUGGGAUAGCUUUCAAUCAGCGAGGCAACCUCAUUAAGCAUCAGAGAACCCAUACGGGAGAAAAAGCCUUUGAUUGUAAUGAAUGUGGGAAAGCCUUUAGCCAGAGAGUAACCCUUAUUGAACACAUGAGAAUUCAUACCGGAGAGAAACCUUUCACUUGUAAUGAAUGUGGGAAAAGCUUCAAUUGGAGGACAGUUCUCACUGAGCAUAAGAAGAUUCAUACUGGGGAGAAACCUUAUGAAUGUAACGAAUGUGGGAAAACCUUCAAGAGUACCUCAACCCUUAGGUCCCAUCAAUUAAUUCACACUGGAGAGAAACCCUUUGGGUGUCAUAUAUGUGGAAAAGCCUUUAGCCAAAAAGGAAACCUUACUGUACACCAGAGAAUUCAUACUGGCGAGAAGCCCUUUGAAUGUAACGAGUGUGGAAAAGGCUUUGACCGAGGGGCAGCCCUUAUUGAUCAUAAGAGAAGUCACACUGGAGAGAAGCCAUAUGGAUGCGAUGAUUGUGGGAAAGCUUUUGCUACAGAUUCAUCUCUCAAGUCACACCAGAUAAUUCACGCUGGAAAGAAACUCUUUCAUUGCCCUCAAUGUGGGGUGACAUUUAGGCACCGGGUCAAUCUUGCCAUACAUCAGAAAACUCAUGCCAGAGAGAAACCCUCUGCAAGCACUGAAUGUGGGAAAUCCCACAAUCAGAAGGGAAUUUUCACAGAACACCCGAAAAUUCACAGUGAUGAAAAAUAAUAUAAAUGAAUGCUGGUGGAAAAACCUUUAUCACAAACUCCCAUUAUAAGAGCUAUCAGCUAAUUCAUAUUGGAAGGAAGCCCUUUCAGUGGAAUAACCGUGGAAAGGCUUUCAGUAGCAGUUCAUCCCCUAUAAGGAAUCAUAAGAUUUACUUGGGAAAUCAACCUUUUGAGUGUUUGGGGUGAAAAUUCUGUGGGAAAGUCUUUGACCUGUGGGUGAUGCUUAUUGCAUAUCACCAGAUGCCUCAUAGAGUGAAAUCCUUUGGUUGCAAUGGACGUGGAGAGACUUUACCAAGAACCUCUCUAUUAUCAGAGAAUUCAGAGUGAAAAGAAACCCUGUGAUUGUGAGUAAUUAAGGGAAAGUUUUUUUCCUUCAUCAGAGAGAAGUAGAAGAUGCCAAGGAGAGAAAAAUAAUCUCCAAGUCACUAAUCUUAGCUGAAUCUUAGGUCAUGACGUGGAUGAAGAAGUUGAUAUUGUAAUUCAUGAUCCCUGAUUUUCCGUAAUUGCUAAUGACUUCACAAAGGUCAUCUUGCUUACAUUGUCAUAAAUUGAUGGACAAGUUUAUUUAAUAGUGAAUUCUUUUCCUUUGACUAUAAAUAUGCUUGUAAUCAUUGACAAGUAGAUUCAAUAGUUAAAAUCUUAAAAUUCCUGUAGUAGAAGCAAAUUCCAGAAUUUGAAGGAAAGCCUUAUUCAACUCAAGUAGCCCUUCCUUAGAUUACUCCCCUAUUCUUAUCCUGUUUCUCCUGCCCUGCCUAAUAAAGGUAUGGUACCACAAAACUGAAACGCCUGUGGAAGACCUUGUGUUACAAUUUGACCAAUCCCAUGCCAGAGACUCCUUUGAUUCAAGAAUUAAACAGAGAAAACCAGAGUUAGGGAAUGUCAGCGGAACUUGAUUGUUCCCUUUCAUAUUAGUUACGCUCAUGACUGGUAGACCUGGCUAUGCCAGUUGAUCCAAAGAUACACUAAAAACUGAGAUAGCAGCAGGUCUGCUCUCCUUAAGAACCUGAAAGCAUCAGGUUAGUAUUUAAUAAACAUUUGUUGAA